UUACUGACCAGGCAGUGACAGCGGUUACCAGGGUUUCCAUUUUCUCUACGAUGCUACCGGGUGUUAUUGACAGAGUGCUGAUUAGCUUAGCGAAAAAUAAAUAAACAAUGAAAUCAUGAGAUGAUUAUCACUAUUACAGUUCAUUUUAUUUACACAUAAUGUUUACGGAUAAUCUCUUGACAGUCUACGUGAGACGAAAGGAAGUUCAUUUGUAGCCUUUUGACUGUUUGGAGAAAAAGCGUGUUUUCCCCGCAGUCAGCAUGAGCGCAUCUGCACUGCGAAUAGGAGACCAGCUGAUCCUGGAAGAGGAUUAUGACGAGAACUACAUCCCAUCUGAACAAGAGAUCCACGAAUAUGCCAGAGAGAUCGGGAUAGACCCUGAGAGGGAGCCAGAGCUGUUGUGGCUGGCACGGGAGGGUAUCGUCGCCCCGCUGCCUGCGGAAUGGAAGCCCUGUCAGGAUGUGACCGGAGAUGUUUACUACUUCAACUUCUCCACCGGUCAGUCCACAUGGGACCACCCUUGUGAUGAGCAGUACCGCUGCCUAGUGGCUCAGGAGAGAGAGCGCACCUCAGGCUCCGCCCCUGUCAGGAAGGACAAGGAAAAGAAGAAGAAAAAAGAGAAGAAGAAGGAGAAGAAGAAGAAAAGCAGUGAACCAGAGGGCCCGAAAGCACCAGGACCACUGGGUCCUCUUGCUCCUCUCAGAAGUGUGUGUGACACCCCAGUUCCAGCACUCCGUCGGCCCCUAGGCAGCUCCUCCAGCCUCCAACCUCUAAAGACUCCACUAGGGGGCGCGCUCGCCGGGACGAGCUCCGGUUUGCAGAGGGUACGUCAAGAGGAGCGUCUAUCUCUGGCUCCGCCCACGUUUUCUUCCAACGACAAAGAGGACGAAGAAGAAAAGAUUUCCAUGCUACGGAGUCCGUGUGGUACCUCACGCUUGCUGCAGAAUCUGCAGCUUGACUUGGACGCUCUGGGAGGAGGACUGCGGUACGAGGACAGCGAGGUGAGCGGCACACCACCGGCUGAGGAGAGAACCGAACCAGAGCUCCAAGAUCUGGCUCUGUCAGGAGAAAUCAGUGCCAACCCUCCAUCUCCGUCUCCAUCUCAGGACUCCCUGCGAGGGCGUCGUCUCUCCCUUGAGCAGCUAGGGGGCAGCGGAGAGUGCAGCAGCGCUGAAGUUUUCCCUCCGAGUCGGCAGGACGAGAGCAUCGCCGAGGAGGAGGGUGAAGAACGAACAAGGGAGGAAGAAGAAGUAGAGGUGGAAAGGCAAAGUAGGGAAAUGGAUGAGGAAGAGGAAGGAGAGGGAAAGUGGCAGAGAGAGGAAUCGGGAUGUGAUACAGAGACAAAGAGCGGGGCGGAGACACAGAACGCGAGAGACGAGGUGACGGAGGACAGGAAAACACCAGACACCAGCGAUGAGAUAAUGGAGAGAUAUGUGGAGUAUGCUGGAGAGGAAGAGGAGCGAAGCGAGAGGGGAAGGAGAGAAGAAGGAGAGACCGAGCGUGAUGUACAGCACGAGGUCGUAGAAGAGACGGAUGGCGAUGGAGUCAGAGAGGAGGAAGAGGGAGCGGAGAGCUGCAGAAGAAGUUCCGAAGAACAGAGAAGCGACCGAAGGACCGAGGCAGAGAGGAAAACAAGUUCAAAGCCCCCUGAGGAAGACCUGGGGAAUGACGAAGAGCCGAAGGUCAUGAAGAUGUCCGAGAGCGAGGAGGAAGAGAUCGAACGAUUAGAGGGCACAAAAGGAAACGCAGGCAUGCUGCUCCAGCAGAAAGGAAGAGCGGGAGAGAAAAAAAAGCUGCUUCUUCGCUGCGAUCGGCUUCCCAGUGAGGAAUCGGAGAUCAGCGAACAAGUCAAAGUGGUGUCUAGCCAUUCUGAUGACAUGAAGGUGGGGUUCCGUUUUAAGUUUUCGGAGAACGUUCUAGACGUGACUGAUCUCUGCCUGGCUGAACCCUCAGCAGCUCCAAAGGAAAAAGAAAAGUCUGGAGGGAGAGAGGAAUAUGAUGAUGACUAUGAGGAGGAGGAGGAGGAAGAAGAGAAUGGAAAGCAUGAGGCUGAAGAGAGAACUAAAAGAAUGCAGAAAGAGAGAGAAGAGGAGGAGAGGAGGAGGCAGGAAGAUGAACAGAGAAUGAGGAGGGAAGAAGAGGAGGAGGAGAGGAGAAGGCAGGAAAAUGAACAGAAAAUAAGGAGGGAAGAAGAAGAAGAGGAGGAGGAGAGGAGGAGGAGGAGGCAGGAAGAUGAACAGAGAAUGAGGAGGGAAGAAGAAGAGGAGGAGGAGAGGAGGAGGAGGCAGGAAGAUGAGCAGAGAAUGAGGAGGGAAGAAGAGGAGGAGGAGGAGGAAGCACGGAGACAAGCGGAGCAGGAGAGGUUGAGAGUGGCGGAGGAGCGUGAUAGACGGCUGCACCUCCUCCGAGAGGAGCUGAGAAAAGAAGAGGAAGAAGAGGAGCAAAGGAUCAAGGAGGAGAAUGAGGAAAGGAUCAGGGCCCUAAAGGAGCGCCUGGAGAGAGAGAGGCGGGAGGAGGAGGAGCGUCUGGACCAGGAAACACAGACCAAACUAGAGCAACUCAGAGAACAGGCCCUGAGGGACAGAGAAGCACACCUACACACACUCAGGGAAGACAACGAGGAGAGGGCGAGAGAGCUGUGUGCUGAACUGGAGGCAGAGCGAGAGAGACUGGAGGCAGAGCGAGAGAGACUGGAGGCGGAGAGGAGGCAGGACUUGGACAAAAUGAGGGCGGAGUCAGAGGAGUUGUUGAAGGCUGAGAAAAUGCGGCUUCAGGAGCGGAGGGAGGAACAGUUAGCUUCACUCAGACUGGAGGAGAUGACCAGUGAAAGGCAGCAAAACCUGAGAAGUCCUCGUCCGCAACAGCAGCUACUGGAGUAUAAAAGAGAGCUGUCUGACGUGCUGCAGGAAGUGAGGGAGGAAGUGCAGAAGGAGCAUAGCAGGAAGCUGGAGCAGCUUAAAGAGGAGCAUCGAAUCCAGCUGCAGGGCAUCAGAGAAACGCACUUGGAGGAGGAGAGUAACCAGCGGGAGCGUGUGAUGAGUGCACUACAGGAGGAAAGAGAGCGACUUCUCACCUCACACACAGCUCAGCUGGAGCAGCUCAGACUGCAGCUGGACACACAGCUCCACAACAUGCACAAAACACACACGCAGAAGGAGGCUGAAGUGCAGGGGUUGAUUGAGAAACUACAGCUGAAGACCAAAGAGCUCAAAAUUCAAGAAUCAAGACUCCUAACUCAUGCAGCAGAUUUAAAAAAGAGGAGGAAACAGCUGGAUGAGGAAGAAGAUGAAGUUGAGAGUGGAUUAGAGACUCUUCCACGUCUGAUGAAAGAGAGAGAGCGUCUUCGUGCCGAUCUGGAGAGAGCGAGACAGGAGAGCGACAGAGCGAGGGAUGAACUAGACAGAGAGAGGGAGAAGAGAAUGAGAGAGAGGGAGGAGACGGAGAGAGAGAGGAAGAGAGAGAGGGAUGAAAAUGCAAGGCUGAAAGCAGAGAGCGAGAGACUCCAGAGCAAAGUGGAGCUGCUGCAGGACAAAUGUGAUCAGCUCAUCCGAAGAGUCCGAGAGUUGGAGCAGAGAGAGAGUGCAGACGUUGAGGGAGAGAGAGAGGAGGAAAGGAGGAACAGAGCGAGAGAGGAGACACUGCGAGUGGAGGAUCUGGAGCGCUCUCCUUCCUGCGACACUCACAGCAAUAUAGAGCAGCUGCGUGAGUUCAUCUCCAGCGAGAGCGUCUCUCUGCAGAGAGCACGGCAGUUUUUAGACCGUCAGAGCGGCAAUCUGACUGAGAGACAGGCGAUGCUCAGGGCAGCCCGGACCACCGUUCAGGACCCCGCCCCAGCGGGCGUGGACCACCUGUUCCCCCAAAACCUCCAACAGGAGGCGAGUCGUUUGGAGGAACUGAAGGAGACGGUGCAGAAGGGUCACACUCUACUGAGGAAGAAAGAGGAGAGGCUGAGCCAACUGGAGAACUCACUGCUAGAGGAGCUGUCCUGUGACGACGCAGAGAGGACGGAGGCAGAGCGGAGAGUCACGUUUGACGUUACGGAUUCAGAGACGAGCAGCGCGGACGGUCCCGAAGGAACAGGUGAACGUAGACGACGAGAUAUAACAGUUCCGGGGAAGGUGCAGCAGUUAGCCGACUCGCUGCAACAGAUCUCCGGCCAGCUGAACGCCGUGUUAGGAGCGCUGGGAUCUCUGACGCAAAGAACGUCCACGUCCUUCCCACCUACAACAACUUCUUCCUCGUCCAGGGCGUGGUUUCCCCACGCCGCCUCGUCCAAUCAGAACGGGUUCGCGACACUGCGCGGCUCCGGCCUGCUGCUCGGCUCCAACUGGAGAAAACCCCUCCCCGGGGUUACCGUGGGGACCGGCACUGCCUUUUCCACGAGAGCUCACACAGCGUAUUCUGGAUACAUGCCAACAAGUCUCUCCUCCAUGAUGCAGUCUAAAUCGUCAGAGUUGGACAGUCUGAGACUGCAUGGACUGAUCGAGGGGAACAAAAGAUGGCUGGAGACACGACGGAAAGACAUUAAUGUACCUCUGUUCACACGCUACCAGGUUCCCCCAUCUACAAAUGGUUUGGUCCAACUCAGCCUGGAUGAAAAUAAUCAGCUAAGAGUGCACCAUUACUGAAAUGAGGGGGGGGAGAAUGAUUAUGUUCAUUAUCAGGCAGAAUUUUAAAAGUGGCAAAUAAUGACACUAAUAUGAGGUACAUGAAGCACAGAACUGAGUGUGAGAGUCAGAUGGAGAGAGUAAAGUCUUCCUCAGGCGAAGGGGUCUUUUUAUUUUACGUUUUGUUCUCAAAAAACAAUUGUACGACUUCCGUUUCCCACAACAAGCGAAGGGUAGAAGGGAUUUGGAACACACUCUCAGACCAAGAUGACGUUUUAUACACACACAGAGUUAGCUAGAUUCCAGAAACAUGAACCGUUUUGACUGGGAAUACAGUUUUAAAAAGGUUAAAACAAUAAAAGAUGGCCGUAUCCUUACAGCAGAGACGUGACGAAAUAUCUCGGGUAUCGCACUGUCGGUUUAAUGUAUUUGUCAUCCAAAAAAAAAAAAAAAGCAGCUUUUUGUCAAGUGGUACACGCAAACACAUAAGCACAAAAACAGAUGACCAUCUCAGGGACACGUUAAUAUCCUGAAUUUUACAACCAGUAUCAUUAAUCUGUACUCUCCCUAACGACAAGAUCACUAGCAGCAUUUAUUUUUAAACUCUUUAAACUUUAAGGCAGGUUUUACUUUUUAAAGCAGGUUUUACAAAUAUUCCUGUCUUUGUGUAAAAGUUAUUUUUGUACAAGCUGAAUAAAUCUGUCGUGCUUUGUAUAAAACGAGGCUCAAACA